AAGUUUUGUUUACACUUGAGUGAAGAGACAGAAGUUCACAAUGACAUUAAUCAAAGCAUGCCAUCUAUGGGCAUUUCAUCACAGCACCUUUCUUUGACAAAUGACGUGUUCCAACUUUUCCAAGUCUUGAUAUAACAGUGUACAGUACUUUCUGUUUUAAACGAACAGCUAUACUUGUUUAAAAUAUAACACUUUAAAAUGAUGGAAUGAUCGAUAAUUAUAACUUUGGAGAGGUAGAAUAUAACUGUAAGGACACACCCACCCGCCCACUUUACACAAAACAUAUGCACGCAUGCACACACACACACACAUUAGUACUUAGACAUUUACAAGUACACUAACAUACUUAUUAAAUGGAAACUGAUAUUAGAUCAUAAGAUUAAAAAAAUAGUAACUUGCACGUUGUAAUAUGAAUUCAUGGAUUUUUUUCCCUUUUAAGUGAAAGAGUAAAGUCUAUUGAUUGGUUGAUAGUAUAUAGUUAAAACAGUAAAAUGCAUAAGUAGCAAAUAGCUUUGGUGUUGUAUAUGCAUUAAGGAUUAUAUGACAUUAAAUAGGUAGGCUUAACCUUGCUGUUUUGCAUACCUAGCUUUUCCUGUCUACCGCUUUAAACAAUUUUUUCUUUUAUUUAUUUUUGGCUCAAAUAGUUGAGCUGCCAAUAUGGCGGGUACCUGCACAUGUGAUGAACUUAUCGGCAACAUCAAACAUGUGUGGAAGCUCACCUAACACAGCAUCCUGCCUGACUGAAAGAGAAAAAAAGCAAAUAAAUAAAUAUAUAAAAGAAAUCUGGUUCCUACAAUGAAUUCUGGGAAUCAGUUUCUCAGAAGAGAAGCUGUCUUCACACCUCAGCCAUAUAGAUCGCAGCAAAAUAACGAAUUCCCCGCCAAGCAACGGAAUUCGAUAUCGUCACAACAGCUGGACUUUGGAAUUUUCUCACCUUUACCAACAAAACUUAAAGCUCAAAAUUUUGCCAGUAACAUCGCUUUUACUUCUACAACAACUGUGACGAACGGCACCAGCCAUGAGGAGACUAUUAGUUAUACAAACAAUAAUUUAAAUAUGUCUAAAGAAGACACAUACAUGUCUGGUAAAAGUAAUAAACAGAUCUCUCGUCUUUACGACAUCGUCCGUCGAAAUUGUAAGCAACAGGCGGAACUGUUCGAAGACAAGGAUUUUCCUGCAAACGAUGCAUCUAUUUAUUUUUCUCGUCAUCCACCUUACCAAUUUGAAUGGAGACGAUGCAGUGCUUUAAGCAAGUUAACUGGCAUACAACCAAAGUUUUUUGUUGAUGGUAUUGGUGGCUUUGAUGUUCAGCAAGGACAGUUGGGAGACAGCUGGCUUUUGGCUGCCAUAGCAUGUCUAGCCACACCUGGAUGUUCAACUCUCUUCCAUCGUGUUAUUCCACUUAACCAAAGUUUCAAUGUCAAUGAUUACUGUGGUGCAUUUUAUUUCAACUUCUGGCACAGUGGUAACUGGGUAGAGAUUGUAGUAGAUGACUAUUUGCCCACCUAUGAAGGACAGUACUGCUUUCUACAUUCCAGCAAAAGUAAUGAAUUUUGGCCAGCUCUUCUGGAAAAGGCUUAUGCCAAAAUGUACGGAUCCUAUGAAGCUCUCAAAGUGAAUGUUUUUGAAGAUGUCCUUGCUGAUUUAACUGGUGGACUGAUAGAAAGCUACAAGCUUCAUGGAGCCAAUGCAAAUGUUCCAGAAAACAUCAUUAAUAUUCUCUUUAAAGCUCUCGAUAGAUAUUCGAUUGUGGCUUGUGGCAUAAACUCAUUGUCACUGGAUGAGAAACAGCUUGAACUUCCAAAUGGUUUGUUGUCAGGUCAUAUUUAUAACAUCACUGAUUUGAGGCAGCUUUUACUGCCCUCGGAUCAAGGAAAUCGCUCAGUCACUCUGAUAAGGAUUCGAAACCCUUGGGGUGAACAUAUUGCCUGGAAUGGACCGUGGAAUGAAAGGUCUGUUGAAUGGAACAGUAUUCCUAGUGAUGAGAGGGAAAAAUUAGGACUAGUCUUCAAUGAUGAUGGAGAAUUUUGGAUGGACUUCAAUGAUUUUAAAGCUCAUUUUGACACAUUGAAUAUCUGUAAUUUAUCCCCUGAUGCUCCAAUGAACAUGCCUAGGACAUGGUUUGCAGUGGAAUUCCAUAAUAGAUGGUACAAAGGCUUCUCUGCUGGAGGAAGACCAUCCUGCUCUACUACGCACUGGAGUAACCCUCAGUAUCGCAUGAUUCUCAGUGAUUCUGAUGAAGAUGAUGACACUCACUGUAGUGUCAUCCUACAGCUUGCACAGAAAGACUGCAGAAGAAUCAAGCUGAAGAACCCUUGCUUACAAUACAUAGGAUUUGUAAUUUAUAAGAAUGAUCUCCACCAUGCUCUUCCAUUGCAAUAUGAAUUCUUUAAAAAAUAUACAAGUGUUGCCAGUGUUGAUGCUUUUAUGAAUGGUCGCCAAGUUGUGAAGCGGUUUGCAUUGAAACCUGGAGAAUAUAUUGUGCUACCCUGUACAUAUGAAGCCAACUUAGAAGCAAGUUUUCUCAUCAGAUUCUUUAUGGAAAAAGCAAAUAUUGUGGAACCAGCAGACAACAUUCCUUCCCUUGUCAGCCAACCUCCAAAAGACUUCAUUGAUGAAAAAGAUACAGAGUGUUUCAAAGAACAUUUCUAUCGAAUAUCGGGUGAGGAUAUGGAAAUUGAUUCCUUUGAAUUACACAAUAUCUUGGAUGAAGAAUUUAAACAUGAUAGCCCUUAUCACUACACUGGCUUGGAUACAUGCAAGAAUUUUGUCUUUCUCAUGGAUACAAACAAUUCUGGAAAGAUUGGCUUUUCAGAAUUCCUUGUUUUAUGGAGUUAUAUUCUUGCAUGGCGGAGAAUUUUCCAAACAUUUGAUGCCAAUAAAACUGGUUCUCUAAACUCUUUUGAACUCCAACGUGCAAUCACUGCUACUGGUUAUAAAAUGAGUUCCAGCAUCCAUCGAAUACUUUGCUUCCAUUAUGUAGACAAAGAUUGGACAGUCAACAUGAAUAGUUUUCUCCUCUGUGUUACCAACUUGAUGAAACAUUUUAAUACAUUCAAAGCUUCCCAACAAAAGGGUCAGAUCAUUUUGACCAUUGAGAAAUGGCUGGAAAAAGUUCUUCUGUGAUGGCUGAUUGAAGAACUAACAUUGGAGAGUUUUGUUUGAAGAAGACACUGAAAGAAGUUCUUUCUUAGAUUCUAUUUUAAUAUCUUUUAACACAACAAAGAUAUUAGGUGCUAAUAACUAUUGUAAGUUCUUGUAGAAAGGAGAGAAAAUGGAAAAAAUAUAUAUUUAUCUCAUAUAUAUAUAUAUCAAUAUAUUUUUAUCACAGAAAUGUUAUCAUGUUUUCUAUAGGGUUAUUGGAAUUUAGAAAUUCAAUACCCAAUUAUAAAUUUACAAACAUAUUUUUAUUGUAGAAUAUUUACACACAAAUAUUUAUUUUUAAUUCAACUUAGGUAACAUUCUUUGUUUUUAAUUUAUUUUAAAAUGUCAAUUUUGUGUGUGUGUUUGUGUUGUAAAAAAAUGUUUUCUUGCAAAUUGUCCAUUCUUGAUGUCUUUGUGCCUCAAAAUAAUUUAGAUUUCCUUGCUCUGACUCAGUUGCUGCCAGCACAGAAUGAAGAACACAAUACUAGCUGUAAGUGUUAUGAAAAUGUAUGUAAAAACCAUCAAAAUAUUUAGAUAUAGCUCUGUGUGUUUGUUUAUAUGACUGUGUAUCUAACAAAUUAUUCUUUCAGUUUCUUUUUUGCUGAACAUAAAAGUAUGCUUGUUCUACUAAAGUAAUGUUACUGUUAGCCCAGACUGUUAUUUCUCAAGAUGGGCUACAAAGGGAAGAACAAGCAUUCAUACACAUUUGCGCCACCACCCACAUUUAUACAUCAAACCCCUGACCUACUUUACUCUACAAAAGGAGAGUUCAGCAAGGAGCAAAUAACAAGAAGCAUUUUGCACAAUUUUAAUUUAACAACAAAGUUUAUUUGUUAUUGCAUUUAUUAAAAACUGUGGUAACUUUAACUCAUUAAACAAAAGAUAAAUAUCUGUGGUAAUUUAAAGAAAAUAGCAAAAAGAAUUGUGACAAGCAAAAAAGUUAAACAAGUCAUUUUACUUGAAUUUAAAGAGUAUUGUAAAAUCUGUUGAUUACAAAAUUAAGAAUUGAAUUUGUUAUUGCUUUGGUUUGAGUACAGUUCUUGAUUCAAAAGAUUCUUCAUUGUGUAAAAUUCUAAAAAAACGCCAGUAAAUUUACAAAGUAAAAUUCCUGUUAUCUGCUGAACUCUCCUUAAUUGGAGGUGGAAAAAUGGGUCAGAGUUUUGAUGUAUAAAAGAGAGUGGUGGUGUGACAUUGCAUGAGCACUGAGAACCAUGCAAACUAAAUAAUAACUACACAACAUAGCAUAGUAAAGCAAAAUAUAAAAUAUAAAAAAUUAUUAAAAAAGUAUUGGUUAUUGAUAAAA